AUGAAGCUGGUUCUUUGGGCCUGCAUCUUGUGUGUUGCUUUUGGAAAGAAGAGACAUUAUUCCUUUGAUCACGAGAAAUCAUCUUCAUCUAAUCAAAAGGACUUCACUGGCUUUCACUACCCACUGAAUCCAUCUCUGAACAUCCCCUAUGGCUUAUGGAAUGAAAACUUCCCUCCUGUUUACCAGCCCCCGGGGAAAUCCGUGACCAAUUAUCCUUGGAAUUCCGAGGGGGAAGCCACUCCCAGGCGGAGUCACCGCGGCCCCGGGACCCCCUCCGGCGACCGCUGCACCCCCAGCCCCGGGGGCCCCACCGGCCCCGGGGGCUCCUCCGGUCCCGGGGGCCCCUCCAGCCCCCGGAGCCCCUCCGGCCACCGGAGCCCCAGCCGCCCCGGAGGCCCCACCGGCUCCGGGGGCGUCCGCAGCUCCGGGGGCCCCGCCAGCCCCUUCUGCGCCGGCGGCUCUGGGGGCGGCUCCGGCUCCGGGGGCCCCGCCAGCCCCGUCGGCGCCGGCGGCUCUGGGGGCGUCCGCGGCUCCGGGGGCCCCGCCAGCUCCCGGGGCGCCUGUGGCUCUGGGGGCGCCGGCGGCUCCGGGGGCCCCGCCAGCCCCUUCGGCGCCUGCGGCUCCCGAGGCGUCGGCGGCUCCGGAGAAGCCCCCGAAGCCCCUGCCCCCGCGGGGGGCUCCGCAGCCCUCGCGGUGCCCGGGGCCCCGGCUCCCUUCGUCCUGCUGCCCCCGGCCUCGGCCCCCGGCCUGGCCCCGGCCCGGGCCUACCCCUACGUGGCCUACUCCAACAUGCCCACGGCCCCCUCGGCGCCCGAAGCCUCGGCCGGGAAGCCCGGGGAGCCCGCGGCCGCCAUCGCCGAGGCCAUCGCGCACCAGCCUUCCGCGGGCAAACCCGCUUCCGACCCGGCCUCCGGGGGCAAGGCCGCCCCGGGCCCCGCCACGGCCGCGGCGGGCAAGGCGGAGGCCCUCAAGCCCGCCGCCCUGGCCUUCCUACCCACCAAGCUGGAGGACGAGCGCGGCCAGGCCACCCUCGCGUCGGACCCCAUUCCGUUCAUCUCGGAGCGGCCGGCCCUCGGACAGGGGAGAACUGAAAUUUUCUAGAGGAGAAAGCACCAUACAUUUGUUUCUAUACUGGCACAGAAAUCAGCGAAAUUCAAACAAUAUUCUCUCUCUUUCCAAAGACUACUUCAUUCUAUUACAUUAAAACUAUUAGUUGCUCUAAACUGAGUAGCCUGUGAUAUUAUUUUUAAACUUGAUUAAUAC